AUGGACUUCACGUCGCAGUACCAGUUCGCCGGCGGCCAGCCCUACCAGACCUUCAUGCCCGUUCCCCCGCUGACGCCAUCCAACUCCCACUCCGCCGGCUCCGACGAUUUCAAUACCACAUCACCUCCUGACGGGUUCGACGGGAUCCAUAAUACCGCCGAUCAUUUCCAGGGCUUCGACUACGGUCGGGCCUUUCACAACCCCCCCCAACAGCAAACCACGACAAGCUUGACCAGCCCCCCCACGCCGCCGAAUCCGUCGCAUUAUGCGGUUCAACGGCAACCGCAUCAGCAGAUUCUCCAACCGCCACCCGCGGCGAAUGGCUCCUUCGCCGGCAAUCCGUCGGUGGGCAAAGUCGACGGAGCCGCCGACGAUUUCAACCACGCGCGAGGAGGCAGCGACGACGACGAGUCUCUGACGCCCGCCCAAUCGCGAAGAAAGGCACAGAACCGUGCUGCGCAAAGGGCGUUUCGGGAGAGGAAGGAGAAGCAUGUCAAGGAUCUGGAAGCAAAGCUUGCCGAUCUCGAGGCCGCGCAGCAGCACGUCUCUGUCGAGAAUGAGCGGCUGAAGAAAGACUUGCAAAAAAUGUCGACCGAGAACGAGAUUUUGCGGGCGACUUCUACGGCCAGCAGCGGCGGAUACAACACGUCCCAUUCCCCGGCACCUGCCACCACCGGCCCCAUGAAGUACUGCCCGACGGAUUUCUACUCCAACGUCCUGCAGAACCAUCACAACAAGUUUCCCUCACACCGAAUCGUCACCUCGGACGACGGCGAGCGACUACUGGCAGCCGGGGCAGCGUGGGACUUUAUAAUCAACCACGACCUCUACAAGCGUGGCUUGGUCGACGUCGAAGAUGUCAGCGAACGUUUGAAAACCUGUGCCCGCUGCGACGGACAGGGUCCGGUCUUUUCGGAGCAGGACAUUGUCCAGGCCAUGGAACAGAGCGUGGCCAGUGGCUCCGACGACCUCUUAUAG